AUGGAUAUCAAUGACAACAAAGCACCAAGGUGUGAUGGGUAUAAUUCAUUCUUCUUCCAAAAGACAUGGCACAUCUUGGGUGAUGAAGUUACUGCAGCAGUAAUAGAGUUUUUUAACUCCGCUGAUAUGUGUAAAGCCAUCAACUACACCACCAUUACUAUGAUGCCAAAAGUUAUGAACCCAACUACUAUCAAGGAAUUCAGGCCAAUCUCAUAUUACUUUGUACAAGGAAGACUGAUCACAAACAAUAUCAUCAUGAGCCAUGAGCUGGUCAAAGGUUAUGGAAGUAAGAGCAUUUCACCAAGAUGUAUGCUCAAAAUAGAUAUGCAAAAGGCCUACGACUCUAUUGAAAGGGUGUAUAUUGAACAGGUGAUGAAGUUGCUAGGAUUCCCUAAGUUGUUUGCGGAAUGGAUAAUAGCCCGUAUUUGUACAGUGUCUUACUCAGUAGUAAUCAAUGGUAAGCCUGUUGUACCAUUUGAGGAAAAAAAAAGGGCUGAGGCAGGGUUAUCCCUAUAUCCAUUCUGGUUUGUGAUGGCCAUGGAGUAUUUGCGUAAGUUACUGAAGCCACUGAAGGAUAACAAGAUAUUUAAAUUCCAUCCAAAAUGUGCUAAGGUCAACCUAGUACAGUUGGGAUUUACUGAUGAUUUCCUUCUUUUUUAUAGAGGUGACCUGCAGUCAGUGAAGAUACUCCACCAUCAAUUUCAAAUAUUUUCUGCAAGUCUCAGUUUUAGUUGCAAAUCCAAACAAAAGUUGUAUUUUACUUUGGUGGAGUGA